UACUGUAAACAAAAACCACAGACAAUGAUAUUAUAACGAUCUCAUGUAUACACUAUUUACCAAAGUUUAAGUGUAACUUGUCUUUGUGCAGAAAAUUGUUGAGAUCCUCAUGGAUAAUACAAAUCACAAGCUACUCAAGAGGAUGAAGGGAAUUUUAUGUCAGAGAUAGGAUUAGCGAAUUACCUGACCCAAUUAUUCAUUACAUUUUCUCAUUCCUUCCAAACGCAAACCAUUGUAUCCACAAGUAUUUUAUCCAAAAGAUGGAGGCACAUUUGGACUACAAUGCCCAGCUUUGAUUUAGCGCUACUACAGGGUGAUCACCAGGAGGUAGAUACCAAGACAUUCCAAAACUUUAUAGAUCGAAUGUUGUUUCUUCGCCCACCUUUAUUAAAAAUGGUAAAAUUUGCACUGAGAUCUGAUCAAAUUUUUGAUUCAUCUAAAGUUCAUGAAUGGAUUUUAAAAAUAGGUAAGUGUAACAUUGAAGAACUCAACCUCAACCUAUACCUAGAUAAACCCCUUUACGUUCCGAAUUCUCUUUUUAAUUGUGAAUCACUUGUCGAGCUGAGAUUACAUCUACAUAUUAGUCUUCAUCUACCUAAGUGUAUCUCCUUGCCAAAGCUCAAGUUUCUCCAGCUAUCUGAUAUGUGUUUUCAAGCUACGGACUAUACUGUGUCUAGCUUUCCUUCACUAGAGGAUGUGGAGAUUAAUUGUUUCAAUAUCGGAAGUGAUUAUCUUGAAACAAAGGCUGCCCAAAUAGGCCAUGCUGGAAGAAAGCUUGUUGGAGGGUUUUCUAAUGUAAGGUCUCUGAUGAUCUCUGGGGAAACUCUUGAGGCUCUCUCUUUUGCAUAUGAUGAUCUUCCUACAUUUCAAAAUCUAAUCCAUAUGAGAGUGACUUCCGAGUUUAAAUCUUUUGCGGAUAAAGUACUACUCAAGUUCUUCCAAAGUGCGCCUAAUUUGGAGACUCUUGUUUUUGACAAGGAGUUAGCCAUGUCCCUAUCAGAGUCGGGAAAUAUCUUUUGGAUGCAAGGUACGGCAUUUGAGUGUCCAUUUCCACGGCUCAAAUCAGUUCAUUUCAAGGAGAUAUCAUGGUAUCUCAGAGAAGUGGAUUUGAUAAAACUAAUUUUGAAGAAUGCAGAAGAUUUGGAAAUGAUCACUUUUAAAGAUUUCACACCACCGUCGUUGCCAUCCAUAAGUAGGGUACUUACAGCCAGAGAAGAAUUUGGGAUGGUCAUGGGAGCCUCAGAGGAUGAUGAUUAUUACUAAGAGAACACCUCUCUUUUUUCUUGUUGUGUAUCCAGCUGUUUGAGACCGCUUUAUGGAUGAACCAGAUAAACCUGAGUAUUUCGGACUCAGUUACCGCUUUCGGAUUCAAACAUUAUAUCCGGCUAUGUAUCACCACUUUAUUUUCCAGACGAACCUACAAUGCAAUCAAAUA